AUGUCUCAAUCUCUUCGACCAUACCUCCAAUGCGUUCGCAGUACUCUUACUGCCGCACUCUGCCUUAGUGAUUUCGCAUCUCAAACUUCUGAGCGACACAAUGUUCCCGAGGUCGAGGCGCGCACAUCUCCUGAGGUCGUGCUGACGCCAAUGACGGUCGCCCGAAACGAGAAUGAGCGUGUUCUCAUUGAGCCCAGCGUAAAUUCUGUGCGGGUCAGCAUUCGCAUCAAGCAGGCCGACGAAAUUGAGAAUAUACUACCUAUCAAGGGAUAUGACAUCUCAUUUCUUAUCACAAACUUCCAUACCGAGGAAAUGCUGAAACACAAGCUGGUCGACUUCAUUAUCCAGUUUAUGGAGGAAGUUGAUAAAGAGAUCUCGGAGAUGAAAUUAUUUUUGAAUGCGAGAGCGCGAUUCGUUGCUGAAUCCUUCUUGACACCUUUUGAUUAG